ACAUUACAUUAGACGCCAUUCCAGAACCAGAGCACAACCACCCUCAUAAGAAACUUCUUCCUUUUACUCGCGCCAAACCCCCUAAACCGCGUCCUUUUCCAGUUUUCUUUUGAACAAGUAAACAACCCCGCAACACCCAAACCCCCCCUUUUUAAAAAACAGGAUCAACAGACCAGAGAGAGCAGCCAGCCAGCCAGCUAAACCCCCCAUUUUUCUCUCCGGGUAGACAGCUUUUUGUCCUCUCUCCUUCCACAAUCGCCAACCACCAGAAUCUCCCGCAAAAGAUCGAAACUUUGAUUUAAAACCAGACAACCCACAUCCAUUAAAUCCUUCUUCUUGUUGCUUCUUGACCAGAGGGAGGGAGGGGAGAAGGAGAGAGAGCUUUCAUCAUCAUGUGUCCGCUCCGUUUCAUCUUGGUCUUCUUCUCGGCGGUUCUCGCCGGCUAUUUCGCCUGGAGGACCGUCAACGCGUCUCCCGAUGCCUUCGCUGAGCCUGACGUCUCCAACGAUUCAACGGUUGAUGCUAAGAAGCAGGAAACCAAUAUGAUCAAGAUGAUUCAGAAUGGUUUCUGGGUAUUCGUGGACAUGGCCAGCGGAAGAUACCUGUGGAGAAACUUCAAGGAAAUGAAGACACAAUGAGAGAGCUGAUUGAGACUUGAGAGCUUACCCAGCCUUGUUUUCGCCACAAGGAGAAAAUGAUCAUCGUUCAUCAAACUUGUCCCUGAAGCUGUUCUUUUCUUCUCUUUUUGUUGUCUUUGGUUUGCCCAUUGUAGCUAACCUGCAUAAGAAACGAGAGAGAAAAAAGAAGCAAUCUUUGUAAUUUGUUGAUUCUAUUCUUGCUGUCUGGUUAUGGAAAGAUUUGAAUUAAUGGAGAGGCUGCAU